AUGGAUACAUUUGUUCAUACUUAUGAUGAAAAAAUUCGUCCAUUGAUGGACAAAAUUGAUCAAGCUCGAUCGCUAUUGUCAUCAAACGAUGAGGGCAUUAUCUUUCCUAGUAUUGUUGUCGUUGGCGAUCAGUCAAGUGGUAAAUCAACACUGAUCGAAUCGUUAUCAUUAGUUGAACUUCCGAAAGGCUCCGGUAUUGUUACUAGAUGUCCAUUAGUAUUAAGAUUACGUAAAUCUAACAUAAGAGGAUCGUAUUGUUUGGACGGGAAUAACAAAACUGUACUCGACGAAAAAAAUGCCAACAUACUGAAAUACAUUGAAGAAGAAACGAAAAAUGUGGCUGGUAAUAAUAGAAAUAUUGUUAAAAAUUCGAUUGAAAUACAAGUGGAUGAUCCUAGUGUACAAGAUUUGACUGUAGUCGAUUUGCCCAGUAUCGCACGCAAUCCUAUCGAUGACCAGCGAAAAGAAGAUAGCAUUAUUUUGCGUGUCUCUCCUGCUAAUGUUGAUAUUGGAACGGUUGAAUCAUUUACAAUAGCACGUGAAAUCGAUCCUGAAGGAGAACGAACGAUUGGUGUUAUAACAAAAUCUGAUCUUGGUGCAAACAAUGAUACGUUGAUACAGCAAUUGUUAAUGGAUCGACCAGACGUGCUUCAUUUAACAUUAGGCUUUAUUGUUGUCCGUAAUCGUAGUACCGAUGAAAAUAUUUCACUAGAAGAUGCGCGUAACCGUGAAAAAGAAUUCUUUAAUCAACAUCAUGCGUCAAGUGUUACUAGCCACUGUCUUGGCAUUGAUGCGCUCAUUAAUCGUUUAGCUGAUUUAUAUUCUGAUCGUGCCAAAAAAACAUUUCCAAAAAUGCGAGCGGAUGUGCAGAACAAGUUGAAAGAUAUUUGUGAGCAAUUAUCAAAGUUUCCCCAGAUCUACAAUCGAGCUCUACUAGAUGAGCUAAAUAUUUUGAAUUGA